UACGUCUUCUUCGCGGGCCGCUUGAUGGUACGUGUUUUCGCUGUCGUAAACAUGGAUGCGAGUCAGAAAAAGAAAAAAAAACGACCCCCUUGUUUGCCUUUUGCAUCAUGAGACGUAGCAUCAGCCUCCGGGAACACUGAGGGCAAAACUUCACCUUGAAUCGAUCGCUUGUUACUCAAAAUCCGGCGGUUGGUCUUUUUCUCGACUAAAGAAAGACUGAGCCCUUCUUCUUCUUCUUCUUCUUCGUCUUUGUCCACCGAGGAAGGACUGCUUUUGUCUCACACUGCUGCUUCGUCCUCGUCCUCGUCGUCGUCGUCGUUGUUGUUGUUGUUGUUGUUGUUGUUUUUGCUAUCGUGCCGACAUGGACAUGUACGGAUACAGCGGGGUCUUCUUGGUGAAACGAUUCAUGGAUCCUGUCCCGCUUGAGGUCACCAACAUGUCGGACAUCAACAAGGCGAAUCCGCACGGCUGCGACGACGGAGCCCUGACGGACAGGUUCGGCGUCUUGAUCCAGGGACUCCUGGCCGUGGUCGCCUUCAGCACGCUGAUGUUGAAGAGGUUCCGCGAGCCCGUUGGGAUCAGACGACCGUGGAGGAUCUGGUUCUUUGACACGUCCAAACAGGCCAUCGGUGCCCUGUUCAUCCACUUUGCCAACGUCUUCCUGUCCACGCUCACCAAAGAAGACCCGUGCUCCCUGUAUCUGAUGAACUUCCUGCUCGACGCCACGCUGGGGAUGCUGGUCAUCUGGCUGGCCGUCAAGCUGGUGUCCAGGCUGGUGGAGUACAAGCAGUGGGCGUUGCUCGUCUUCGGGGAAUAUGGAGACCCCCCUCAGGCAGCAGCCUGGCUGGGCCAGUGUGGCGUCUACCUGCUCAUCAUGGUGCUGGAGAAAGGCGUGAUCAGUCUGGUGCUGCUCGUCCCCGGCUGGUCCAAAUUGCAGGAGGUGUUGUUGGGCUACAUCGCCAACCCUCAGCUGGAGCUGGUGCUGGUCAUGCUCAUUGUGCCCUUCAUAGUCAACUCCAUCAUGUUCUGGGUGGUGGACAGCCUGACGAUGAGGAAGUACAAGACGAUGAAGAGCCUGGACGACUCCUGCGACGGCUCGGCGAAGAAGGCCGACUCGCUGCCCUGGGUGAACAACGAGGAGUCACGGGUCCUGCUGACCGUCGAGACGGACACGGAUGAGGCGUCAGAGGGGGAAGAGGAGCCCGGCGAUGAGGGACCAGUCCCCCAUGUGCAUUAUUCAGGGGGACCGCUGAGACCCAGCUGGGUGGUGGUGUAAGCCAAGGUGACGUGACCUCCCACUCAUCCAUCCACUGUCCAAACAAAACACUACACAAAACACUCUUAUGGACAAAAACAAAAAAAACCCUGCAUCCUUAUCUCCUCAGAAAAAAGGUCUAAAUAUCAGCUUCUUUGCAAGCACAACUAAAAAUCAUACAACCAGUGAAUGUGAACACUACGGCCUUAGCUGCCUUCUUCUGCACUGAAGGUGUGAACAGUUGCAACUGGAGCCUGUCUCUGUAUAUGCAUGUAAACCAAAUGGCAUUUUUUUUCCACCUCGCUGCCUCCGUUUGCUGCAAGAGAACAUCAGAGUUAACCACAACUGAACAUGUGUGAAGAGGGACCAUUAAGGAGGGCAGCAGCCGCAGGGCAAAAGCGUGCGGUUGGGUGUUGACAACGACUGAAAUAAAUCUGUCUCUCUUUCGCAGCAGGGACUUUUGGGAAUGAUGUUGCUCUAAAGAGAGUCAUUUAUCGUGUAUCAUAUUCCAAAGAGGAGCAAACCAGUGAAGUAUUAUACAUGGAAGUGCUCUAAAAUUUUACGCCGUCAAAUAUAAUCACUUCAAAUCCACCUUUUUAAUUAAGGUGCAAUUAUAACCAUUCCUGCACGUUCUCCCUCUGGCUGCUUAGUUUCAGUUAGAAGGAUGAUCAGUGGUGUUAUUU